UUGAGGACCCAACUUUCAAGAGCAAAAACUGGAGCAGUUUAUUUUGGUGACGACGAUAACACCUAUGAUUUACGGUUGUUUGAUGAAAUCCGAUCAAUACGCAAAGUUGGGAUAUGGCCUGUCGGGAUCGUAGGCGGUCUAGUGGCGGAGAAGCCUUCGCUAGCUGAAAAUGGUUCUGUGGUCGGAUUCAAUGCUCUUUGGAAACCUGAGCGUCCAUUUCCUAUUGACAUGGCUGCAUUUGCAGUAAAUUUAACUUUAAUUAUUGCAAAGUCGGAAGCGCUUUUCUCUUACGAUGUGCCAAGAGGUUACCAGGAAUCACACUUCUUGACGGGUUUGGGCCUCAAGAGAAGUGAUUUGGAACCAAAGGCAGUGAAUUGUACACGAGUCUAUGUUUGGCAUACCAGGACAGAAAAGAGCAAAUUAUCCAAAGCUGAUUGGGAGAAAAUAGUUGCGCAAGAUAAAAGAUUGUUUGACGAUGUCGAAGCGCACGGUUUGGGGUUGUAGGU